GCCAGCCAGUCAGUCAACCAACGCCAGUAGCCAGGCCAGGCAGCGCCCGUGUGCGCAGCACUCGGCAGGCCGCUGGCCGAGCCGGCACCCGACUGUCCGGUUCAGCAAACCGGCAGUCCGGUCCAGACCGGUUCAGACCGGCUGGACCGGUUCAGUCAGUAUUCUUCAGUUUCAUAGAUUCAGAUAUGACUCUAGAAUUCAGUAUCUUCCGAUAUGACUCUAGAUUUCCUCAGGAUUCAUAUCAGUAUUUAUUGGCCAUUUUUGGCAACUCGUCAAGAGAUUUGUGUGCGUUAGUAAUCAGUCAGAAUAUUAUCAUGUGUUCAAUAAGGUUGAACUUUCUCCAUGUUCAGAUGCCGCCCCGUAGGGAACCCGAUCACCCGGCUCUUACUCAGGCCAUAGUAGUCGCACAGUUCCACGAGUAUCAUGCUGAGAAAUUCUCUGGGCAGGGAGAUCCCCGUAUUGUGGACGAGUGGAUUCAGGGCCUUGAGUUUAUCUUCGAGGUCAUGGAUUGUCCAGACAGAUAUCGCGUAAUCUGCGCUCAGCUUCAGCUAACCGGCGAUGCCCGGCUCUGGUGGAAUGCCUACUGGAGCAUGCGUCCCGGCGAAAAGGAGGGAUGUACAUGGGAUAGGCUCAAGGAGGUGAUCCGCGAAAAGUACUACCCCACCUAUUACAGAGCAGAGAUGGAGCGUCAGUUCUUAUCGCUCCAGCAGGGUACUCGUUCUGUUGACGAGUACGAGAGGGAGUUUACCAGACUUGCAGGUUUUGUUCCGGACCUGGUUCGUACGGAGGCACAGAGGGCACAGCGCUUCAUUGACGGGCUUUACCCAGCAGUCCGUCACAAUAUUGUAGGUCACGGGACCCAGACGUAUGCUCGUGCUGUUUCGAUUGCCCAGGAGGUGGACGCCAAUAUCAGGAGGGAGGCCGUCCGUGAUCGUUCUCAGCCAUCCGCCCCCGCCCAGUCAUCCGCAGCUCCAUCAGCCUUACCAGUUGCCCAGUCACCGAGGAACAACAAAAGGAAGGGAAAGGGUACACAGACUGAUAGGAGGACUCGCCGGAGGCAGCAGCAGACUCCACAGUGCCCCACAUGUGGACGACUUCACCGAGGCGAGU